UCGGGCACCCUACACCGCUUUCACAACCAUACACACAAAACUAACUGAGCACCACGCGUAACCAUGGAGGCGGCUCUGGUGAGUGUGGCUAUGGGUGCCUUGAAGCCCGUCCUUAGGAAGCUGGCCACGCUUUUGGGUGACGAGUACAAGCGUUUAAAGGGCGUGCGUGGUGAGAUCGAAUCGCUCAGCCGCAAACUCGCUGCCUUGGAAGCGUUUCUUCUGAAGAUGUCUGAGGAGGAGGAUCCUGAUGUUCAAGAUAAGGUUUGGAUGAAUGAGGUCCGGGAGCUCUCCUAUGACAUGGAGGACUCCAUCGAUGACUUCAUCCAUAGUGUCGAUGGGGAAGAUACGAAGACAGAUGGCUUCUUAGAGAAGAUGAAGAACUCAUUGGAGAAGUUGAGAAAGAUGCAGGCUCAUUAUCAGAUCGGCAACGAGAUUGGAGAUUUGAAGAAGGAGAUCGUUGCGGUGGCCGAGAGAAAUGGAAGGUACAAGACCCGCGAGGCCUUCUCCAAGACAAAGAAUGCAACCAUUGACCCUAGAGCUCUUGGUAUCUUUGCACAUGCCUCAAAGCUUGUUGGAGUUGAUGAACCCAAGGCUGAGAUAAUUAAACUGUUGACUGAAGGCGUGUCAACACAAGAGCAACUGAAGCUGGUCUCCAUUGUUGGAUCCGGUGGAAUGGGCAAGACAACACUUGCAAACCAAGUGUAUCAAGAUCUCAAAGGAAAAUUCAAUUGUCGGGCCUUCUUAUCCGUGUCAAGAAAUCCAGACAUGAAGAAUAUCAUGAGAACUAUUCUUAGUGAAGUCAGCGGCAAAUCUUAUGCCGACAACAAAGCAAGGAGUUUACAACAACUCAUCAGAAAGAUCACAAAAUUUCUUGUAGACAAAAGGUAUUUUGUUGUCAUUGAUGAUAUAUGGGACAUGGACACAUGGAAUAUUAUUAAACUUGCAUUCCCCAUUACCAGUUCUGAUAGUAUCAUAAUCACCACUACUCGCAUAAAUGAUGUUGCCAAAUCAUGCCGUGCAACAUCAUUGAAUGGACAUAUUUAUGGCAUAAGGCCUCUUGAUAUGGUGCACUCCAGACUGUUAUUUCACACAAGACUAUUCAACUCCGAAGAAAAUUGCCCCUUGUACCUUGAGGAAAUUUCUGAGCAGAUAUUGGCGAAAUGUGUCGGGAUACCUUUAGCAAUCAUUGAUAUAGCCAGUUUGUUGGAUAACACACAAAUGAUAGUACAUCAAUGGGAAAAAGUGAAAGAUUCAAUUGGUCGAGCACUUCAAAGAAAUCACAAUGUGGAAGGAAUGAUGAAGAUAUUGUCACUUAGUUACUUUGAUCUGCCUGCUGAACUAAAAUCAUGUCUCUUAUAUUUUAGUAUAUUCCCUGAAGAUUCUAUUAUUGAGAAGAAAGCUCUGAUAAAGAGAUGGAUUGCUGAAAGUUUAAUUCAUGCAGAAGAAGGAUAUACACCGUAUGAGCUUGGAGAAAGGUGUUUUAAUGAGCUCAUCAACAGGAGUUUGAUCCAACCCGGGGAGAUGGACAAAUAUGGUAGAGUCAAGAGUUGUCGACUUCAUGACACGAUUUUUGAUUUCAUCAUAUCCAAAUCCACUGAAGAAAACUUUGUUACUUUGGUCGAUGUUCCUAGUUUAACUGUUGGAACACAAAGCAAAGUUCGACGGCUCUUCCUGCAAGGCAGCAAGGAAAACAAACUUAUAGUUCCAAGCAGUUUGGUGUUGUCUCAUGUUCGAUCACUUGAUGUGUUUGGGUCUUCAGUGGAAAUCCCUUGUAUGGAUAAGUUUAGGCAUCUGCGUGUUUUGAACUUUAGAGGUUGCUACCAAUUGGAGAACCAUCAUCUUGAAAAUGUAGGGAGGUUGUUUCAGCUGAGGUAUCUUAGCCUCCGAGAUGCGAGGUACAUAAGUCAGCUCCCAGAAAAGAUCAUGCAUCUGAAGUGCUUAGAGGUGCUGGACUUAAGAGGCACCGAUGUUUGUGAGUUACCAACAUUUAUUGUGAAUAUCAAAAGCUUGGUGCAACUAUUAAUGGAUGACAUAGAUGUUAAGCUUCCUUGCGGAAUUUCCAAGAUGCAAGGACUAGAGAAAUUGAAACAUGUCAGCGUUCACAGCCAGACAUUUAACUUGCUGGAAGAACUUGGGCGGCUAAAGUGUUUGAAGAACUUGGUCAUCAGUUGUGACGAUACAUCGGCUGAUAAUUACCAUGAGUCCAACACAUCUAUUGUAGUCGCUUCCGUGAGGAAGCUAGAGAAUCUUCUUUCUUUAGGGGUCACGUGUGUCUCUGAAUUGCUUGAAGAAUCUUUGUGCCCUAUGCCACUUGGCCUCCAGAAACUUGUUACCAGGUUUAGUAUGGUUCUGCGGGUUCCAAAAUGGGUGGGUUCCCUUGUUAACCUCCAGCACAUAGGCCUUCAACUGAAGGAAGCCGAUAAGGAGGAUUUUUGCAUUCUUGGAGGCCUACCUGCUCUGCGCAUUCUGUCUCUCGAAAUUUCUUCAAAGCGUAAAGAUACAUUGGUCAUCACUGGUGAAGUUGGCUUCCCAUCCCUGAGGGUGUUUCAUUACUUACCAUGGUAUGGUGUGAUAAAUCUGAAGUUUGCAGCCGGAGCCAUGCCCAAGCUAGAUAGCCUUCAUAUGAGAUUUAGGUCAGAUGAAAUCAAGUCUCCCGGUACUGGUGGCACUUUUGAUCUCGGAAUCAAGAACCUCCCCAGCCUCCAUACAAUGGAGUGUGUAUUAUCAUAUACCGGCGAGUGCAUACACCUGCUGGAUCUUGCAAAAUCUGCCAUGUUGAAAGAAGCCAACGAACACCCCAACCACCCUACUGUAUCCUUUAAUGAUAGAUGCUCUGCUUACGUGUAGGCUGCAUUCUCAAAGGUUCAUCACUCCGUUUUUGAGUUCCGGCAGUUCAUCAUUUUCUAUGAUGGAUAUGUUUCUGACACCCUGCAGGGCUGCAAGUUACCAAAUUUGACUGGGCUCGUAGACGGCGUGCGUGCAAAGUUGGAGGUUGAGAUGAGGUUGUCGGCGGUUAAGGCAUGGCAAGACAGCCGGAAGAGCAAGGCCGACAGCCGGAAGAGUAUGUACUUUAUAUGAUUUGUGCUUUUAUUUAUAAAGGGGGGCGAAUGCCUGUUUCGAGGGACAGCCGAGGAGCAAGGCCGACAACCAGUGACCAAACUGAACUCAACUGUACUUCACUGAGCUUUGCACACCAGAGUCCUCCUCUGGGCAUGCAUCUUUGGCCAGUCUUAACUGGAAAAAUGUUCUGCUCCAGUCUCCAGGGGCGAGGAGAAGAUGUCGCCGAC